AUGAAUGGCGCUGGACUGCUCGACUUACCACACGAAAUCCUCCUAGAGAUCGCUAGCAAUAUCUUGCGGACUAGUGACCUUUCGCACUUUUUGUGCGCGAGUCGAACCCUACAUGAUGUUCUCUCCCUGGAACCUUACAAAAGAGAAGUCGCCAACACCGGUGGCGAAGCCAUAACGAUCUUAGCUCAGCAGGGCCAUGAAGCUGGAGUUCGAUACAUGCUCGAUGAAGGGGUGAAAGUGGAUAAACGUGGGGCAAAGUUCCCCCAUACAACGGCGCUGGGUGAGGCUGUGGCCUCCCACAACCUGGGCAUUGCGAGACUCCUCCUCGACCAUGGGGCGGGAAUGAAUAAGGUCGACUCUUUAGUGACUCCUGCCUUAACCCUGGCCAUAUAUCCAGAGAUUUCGCGGGAGGAUACUUCUAUGAUGGAGUUACUGCUUGACUACAAAGCUGACAUGAACAUGGGGAACUUGGGAAACCGGACAUUGGUCCCUUUGAUCGUUGCGGUUAGAUGCAGGAACCAAACAAAGAUGGAGUUCCUUCUCAGCAAAGGCGCCGAUCCAAAUAUUUGUGUACCGCAGACGCAGCAAACCGCGUUGCAUAUCGCCAUUAUGAAAAAGAUGCCAAUUCAGACUCUAGAGGUACUACUGAAUGCUGGCGCUAAAGUGAAUUGCCUAGACAAUGAGGGCAGGUCACCGCUUCAUAUGGCGGAUUUCUGUGCUCCAAUCAACCUUGACAAUGCCUCAACUCUAACAGGAUCUGGUGCAAAAGUCAACCUGCCAACUUCGAUGCCUAUCAUUCAAGAGACUGUCGGAUUUGAAAACUUAAGAUGCGCAGAUAUUCUUCUGCAACAUGGCGCCGAUAUUCAAGCCCGAGACAAUAGAGGCUGGUCGGUCCUUCACUACCAGGCUGACAAACUAUGCGAUGCGUUUUUCUUUAAGUGGUAUUGCGAUCAAGGCUGCGAUGUGAAUUGGGAAGAUGAAAAUAAAGAAACGCCGAUAUUCAAGGCGAUCGCGUCAAAGAGAAACGCGAGACUCAAACCAGUGACAGUCAAGACAAUUUUAUCUCUUGGAGCAAGCGUCAAUCUGGUUAAUUCUCAAGGCCAGAGUCCUCUCGGUCUUGCUGUCACCCAGGCAUGUCCAGAAGUGACGCGCGUGCUUCUCGAGCAUGGGGCGGAUAUUCAUCAUCGAGACGGUGAAGGGAAAACGCUACUGCAAAUGGCAGUGCGGAAUCGCUACUGGGUUCGAGAUGUUUCAAACAAUUAUGAUCCCCGCCGGGUGGUGAAACUCCUUCUUCAAUAUGGCGCAGAUCUGACUGAAGUUGUUCCCGCUGGGCGCACGCCUUUGAGUGUUGGGUCGCUCUGGGAUUUAGAUGAUAUAAUUGACUCUCCGCAGACGGCGCAUGAGACAGCACCUGUGUAG